CACUAAGUUUUUCUGAUCUCCUUGUCGGAAUGAAACACGUUUUCUUAUUAUUGUUUUAUUUGACAAAGUAUUCAUCCUUUUAACAUUAUGAGAAUCGUGGUGUGAGGAGCGGCAGUCUCUUAGAAACAAGACGAUUAUUAUUCACACUACGGAGGGCUAUCAGUCUCUCCAUCUCGGUUGGACAUGAGGACAUCCUUGGGAAUUAAAUCAUUACCGCACAUUACUGUUGAUCCUGACCCUGCAAAUAGGAUCUUUUAUUGAAAUGCCGACAGGGAAGUUGCUGUGAGAAGUUUUGACAACGGGGAAGUUGCUGUGGAUGAAUUAUUAAUCCAUUUUUCUGCAGUUUUAUUUUUGUGAAAUUCCGUGAGGACCGUGCGUAUCGGGACUUUGACUGUGAACCACUCAGUCUAUACCUAUCUUCAUCAUGGUAUACUGAUUGUUGGGGAGGAAAUUACUCUUCCUUGAUACAAGAAUGGCGAGGAUUCUGCUUAUAAUCACGUUGUGUGCAGCGGUACCAUGGUUCAUUGGGACAGUGAGCGCACAGACCCACGAAGUGCUGUGCCUGGGCACCAAGAACGGCCUGAGCCUGACCGGCUCCACGGAGGAGCAGUACAAGCGCCUCAAGGACAUGUACACCGACUGCGAGAUCGUCAUGGGCAACCUGGAGAUCACGCACAUGGAACACAGCCGCAACUUCUCCUUCCUCCAGUCUAUCAGGGAGGUAACUGGGUACGUGCUGAUUGCCCUUAACCAGUUCAGCCGGCUCCCUCUGGACCACCUGCGUGUGAUCCGGGGCAACUCCCUGUUCGAGAGCAAGUAUGCGCUGGCGCUGCUGGUGAACUACCAGAAGGACGGGAAGUAUGGGCUGAAGGAACUGGGUCUCACACACUUCACUGAGAUUCUGAAUGGUGGUGUCCAGAUUGUCCAGAAUAAGUUCCUGAAUUAUGGCCCAGACAUCAACUGGCAGGACAUUGUGAGUGGGUCUGCUGUCACAAUAGACACGAAUGGAGAUCCCUUGCCGUGUCAUGAGUCCUGUGGCGAUGGCCGGUGCUGGGGCCCAGGGAAUGACUCCUGCCAGAUUCUGACUAAGAUUGGCUGUGCGCCCCAGUGUAAUGGCCGCUGUUUCGGCUCCGGCCCCAGCGACUGCUGCCACAUGGAGUGUGCAGGAGGAUGCACCGGCUCUCUGGACACACACUGCUUUGCUUGCCGAAACUUCAACAACUCUGGCUCCUGCGUCUCUCAGUGUCCCCAGGCGUUCAUCUACAACAAAGAGAAGUACAAGAUGGAGCCCAACCCCAACGCCAAGUAUCAGUACGGCUCCAUCUGUGUCUCGCAGUGCCCCACAAACUUCCUGGUUGAUGGCAGUUCCUGUGUGAGCCGUUGUCCUCCAGACAGGACCGAGGUGGAGAGGGAGGGGAUGAAGAGGUGUGAGCCCUGUGAGGGGCUCUGCCCCAAAGCUUGUUUGGGCACUGGAGGUUCUGAGGCGAGACAGACGGUGGAUGCCCAGAACAUCGACAGCUUUGUCAACUGUACAAAGAUUCAGGGAAGUCUGCAUUUCCUGGUCACAGGCAUUGAGGGUGAUCCAUAUAAGAAAAUCCCUCCUCUUGAUCCUAAGAAACUGAAAGUCUUCAGGACAGUCAGAGAGAUCACAGAUAUCCUGAGUGUACAGUCCUGGCCAAAAGACAUGCACGAUCUGUCAGUGUUUUCCAAUCUGGAAACAAUACAGGGCCGAACACUCUUCAGAGCCCCAAGCUCAAGAAGGGGUUACGCUCUGCUGGUGAUGAAGAUCCCCUCGCUGAGGUCUCUGGGGCUUCGCUCGCUGCGCCAGAUAAACGACGGCAGCGUGUACAUCACGGGGAACAAGCAGCUGUGCUACUACAACACCAUCAACUGGACGCGGCUCUUCAGCGGCCACCGCAGCCAGCGCAGGCAGAAGAACCUGGACAUCAAGGAGAACCGGCCCAUCAAACAGUGUGCUGCUGACGGGUUCGUGUGUGACCCCCUGUGCUCCUUUGAGGGCUGCUGGGGCCCGGGACCCAAUCAGUGUCUGUCCUGUAAGAACUUCAGCAGAGGCCGAGAGUGUGUGGACCAGUGCAGGUCUCUCUCCGGUAAGAGCCGUGAGUUUGUUGGACCAAACGGGGAAUGUAUGCCUUGCCACCCACAAUGUCAAGUUCAUGAGGGAGAGCCCACAUGCACUGGCCCGGGAGCUGAUGAGUGUGUAGUGUGUGCCAGCCUGAAGGACGGCCCGCACUGUGUGUCCACUUGCCCCAAGGGGGUGAUGGGAGAUAACGGCCUCAUCUUUAAAUACCCCAGUGGCCAGAGGAGCUGUGAGUCCUGCGAUUCCAACUGCACCCAGGGAUGCACAGGGCCUAAACUGAGUGACUGCCUCGGGCCCCAAAGAACGAACUCUUAUCGGCCAAUCACAGGUAUCGUGCUGGGCGUGAUAGCAUCCGUGGUGAUGGGUUUGGCAGUGUGUAUGGUGGUCAUGAUUUAUCGUCGCAAACAGGCCAUCCGACGCAAGCGGGCCAUGAGGAGAUACCUGGAGAGAGGAGAGAGUUUUGACCCACUGGAGCCGGGGGAGAAAGGUGCUAAAGUUCACGCUCGGGUGCUAAAGCCAUCCGAGUUACGGAAGAUCAAGCUGCUGGGCACUGGCGUGUUCGGUGCUGUGAAUAAGGGACUAUGGAUACCAGAAGGGGACACGGUGAAGCUCCCGGUGGCAAUAAAGACCAUUAACGACCGCACCGGCAGACAGAGCUUUCAUGAGGUCACGGAUCACAUGUUGGCGAUGGGGAGCUUGGACCACCCUUGCAUUGUGAGGCUUUUAGGCAUCUGCCCAGGUGCCAGUCUGCAACUGGUUACUCAGCUCUGUCCCCAGGGGUCCUUACUGGAGCACAUCAGGCACCAACAGGACAACCUGAACCCACAAAGACUGCUCAACUGGUGUGUGCAGAUUGCCAAGGGCAUGUAUUACCUUGAGGAGCAACGAAUGGUUCACCGAAAUUUGGCAGCCCGAAACGUUCUGCUAAAGAGUGAUUACCAGGUCCAGAUUACUGAUUAUGGCAUUGCCGAUCUCUUGUUUCCAGACGAUAAAAAAUUCUUCUACAACGAGGCUAAGACACCUAUAAAAUGGAUGGCUUUAGAGAGCAUCUUAUUCCGGCGCUAUACUCAUCAAAGUGAUGUCUGGAGCUAUGGUGUGACUGUUUGGGAGAUGAUGUCCUAUGGGGCCGAGCCAUACGCAUCAAUGCGACCACAGGAGGUACCAGACCUUCUGGAGAAGGGGGAACGGCUGACCCAGCCACAAAUCUGCACCAUCGAGGUCUACAUGGUCAUGGUCAAAUGUUGGAUGAUUGAUGAGAACGUGCGACCCACUUUCAAGGAGCUUGCUAAUGACUUCACGCGCAUGGCAAGAGAUCCUGCUCGUUACCUGGUCAUUAAGGGGGAUCACCGUUUGCCUGACCCCUCUCCCGAUGAGGCCUACCAAGGAGGGACAGAGAUGGACGUCCUCGGGGUUGGACUGGAUGGACUGGAUGACCAGGAGGAGGAGAUCAUGGACGAUGCGAUAGGGCCAGCUUCCAUGUAUCUGUCACCACCCAGGAGCCAAUCCCGCUCUUUUCUUCGGACAGACAGCGUCAGGGCGGGUCAAAGCCCUCCUGGUUAUCUACCCAUGACCCCUGGAGGAGAUGGCCAUAGCCAAGCGGCAUGGUCAUCCCGCGCCCGGCUAAACUCUGCCCGCACGGUGUCUGAGAGCUCGGAGGGGCGAGGCACCAUGGUCGACGUGGAGAUACACGACGACUUUACGUGCUCAGGAAGCCUGAGGAGGACACGCCAUCGUGAAGACAGCGCAUACAUGUCCCAGAGAGACAGCCUAUCAGGACAGUUGGACACACCCCUCCCUGACACACCCUCUCCAAAAACAGAUGAGGAGGAUCAGAAUGGAUAUGUGCUUCCUGGGCUCAUGGACAGUCCUGAGAGAGAACCUCGACUUUCCUCCAGAGAGUACGAAUACAUGAACAAACAAAGUUUCUUUGGGAGGUCAAAUCCGGAACGUCGCCGCCGUCUGGCAUCCGACAGCAGCUACAAGUCGCCUAGUUCCCGCCACCUAACCAAAAGGUCAUCCAUCGAGGGUUCGGAGAGCAGCGGGGCAGUGUCCCAGUUUUCCACGGACGAGUUGAGUCGAAGCGAAGACGAGGAACUCAUGGGCGAGUACGUGGACCCAGAGGACGAGGCGGCGGAAUACGAGUACAUGGAUGUGCGGGGUGGCCGCAGGGCACACGUGGACCCAGCUGGCCCUCUCAAAUCUGCCUUGCCCAACACAGGAGCCAGGCUGGAACUCACGCCGACCAUCGAAAGAGCCUGGUCGGAGGACGACGCCGAGGACGAGUACGUAGAGGAGGACUACGAGUACAUGAACAGACAGCCGAAGCUGAACGGGAAGUUGGCGGAAAGAGCCGGACAGGACUCACAGAGGUUGAGAGUGGGCAAAGGGGAGGCAGAUGAGUACGAGGACAUGGAGUGCCUGAGCGUGGGCCCCGCAGCUGGGGCGGGCGAAGCUGUGGAGUACCAGAACAUCCAGAGUGAGGGGGACGAAGAAGAGACUGCAACAACGCCCCAGGCUGAGGAAAAGCCAGAGGCUGGACAACUCUCCGGUGUCGGCCCGUUCAUCAGAGUGCGGGCUGGAGUCGGGGUCGGGGACCAGGAUGGGGGAGAUCAGUCCUUUGACAACCCAGAUUAUUGGCACAGCAGAUUGUACAACAAAACCAGUGCUGUGCGUACAUAGAUGCAAUUAAGCACAAGAGAAAGAUGUUUUCGUGCUUACAUUAUAGACACUGUGGAUGUGUGUGUGUGUGUGUGUGUGUGUGUGUGUGUGUGUGUGUGUGUGUGUGUGUGUGUGUAUGUGUUUUGCAAAGAGAGAGAGAGAGAAAGGAAAAUCAACGAUGAGAGCGGGAAACCAACGAGGAAACGAAAGCUCUGUAAACAAAGUUUACAAUCAAGUGAAAAGAUAAAUGUGUUUUUGGCACAAACAGUAGUUAAUUGAUAAAGAAUAUAUAAUUUAAAUGUAUAAGUUCUUUGUCAAAUCUUGCCAUAUUGAGCCUGAAAUUAAAGCAGUCUCCCCUCAUGAUCCUGGUGUAUAGGAGGAAGAGAUAGAGGUAAGAGAUUGAGACAGGGGUUUAACCCAGGUGGCGAUUAAAUGUAUUCUUUGAGGGAAGAAAGUGCCAUAUAGUCAUUUGGAAAGAGCUUUAAAUAUGGUUGUAGCCUACAAUCUCUACUUAAUGUAUUAUGCAGACAAACGUAGCAAUCAGUCCACUUAGCACCACCUAGUGUAGUGCGAUCAACUACCCUCUCAGGUUUACAGCUUCAAUAUGUCUAUCUAUGUUUACAGUGCAUCUGCAAACUGUGGUACAAGUCAGUCAAAAUCAACUCAGAGAUAUUUGGAAAGUUCUGGAUUGUGACAAGGGGUAUUACAAUUCAUCGAAUGCAUUUCGCAAACAUUUGUUUUUCAUUGAAACUUUGCAAAAAUUGUCAGUUGCCAUUGUAAGGACAGUUGAAGACCAGAUAUGAAGAAAAAGUAUCGUUUUUGUAUGUCAAUAAUGAUUCAGGGUAUCUGUUACGUUUACUCCUAUACGAUGUGUCCUGUAGCCUAUUGAAAAUAACAAAUAUACUUUCUUUCUUUUUUGUACAUUUUGAGAGUUAUUCCCUCUGUGGUUCAGAUCUGUCAUUAAUAAUUUUAGCCUCUAGAGGCCUUCAUUGUCCAGUUAACAAGCUAACACUUUCACUCACUUUUACUUACUUAUCAAGACAAAUUGUGUAUUUUUCCACUCAUUGGUGGAUCUCAGUGUUUGAUUUCUUUUUAAAUAAACGAACAAACAUA